AUGGUUGAUCUCCACAGGGUUAGCUCCAGUUUCCCUCCCGCCACGAAGAAGAAAAGAACUCGAGACACCGAAAAACAGACUGAGCAGGAAACGAUAUCCUUCGCUCACCUGAGCAGAAGGCAAGGAUACAACGGAAGUCCUGCCCUUCUCAAGGAAACUGUCCUAUCGCUGCUCUCCAUACGAGGAGCGGAGGCGGGGAGAACGGUGACCUGCGGCUCCUUCCUCUGGCGUCCCCAGGCACACCACCUCAGCCAAUCAACUCGGGCCGCAGAGCGACCGAAAGCCCGCCAACGCCCUGCCGUCAGAAAGGAAGAAUAUGACCUGACUCUACUUACUGAGCUGCUUGAGGAAAAUGAAUCGGCUUUAGAAUGUGAUUCAGGACAGAAUGGCUUCUUGACAGAAGAAGCCAGAGAGCCUGAUGAAUUCGAUGAUCUCUUUGAUGCCGAUAGUGAUGGUUCAUCUUACAAAGAGGAGAUUGAUGAGCUUCUGGAAGAGGAAUCUAGAGACCAAAAAGAAAAUGUGGCCACUCUCUUUGGAGAUGUCAAUGACUUGACAGAUGAGGAGAAUGAAGAAGCCCAGGACACAGUGCAGUCACUAAGAUUAAGUCCUGUACCUCCCCUGGCUUCGAGUCAAGAGAAGAGUAACCAAGAGUUGCAAGAUGAAUUAAAGAGAUUGCAAGAGCAGAUGAAGACUUUACAAGAACAACUUAAAAAGACUGCAAUUGGGAAAUCUGCAAAUCCAGAGCCUUCACAGAAAUCAUCUGGUAGACUUCCACUCCUCCCUCUUAAGGAGAGGAAAGUUCAGAAGAUUCAGGAGUCAUCUUUUUUUUCUGCCCAGCUGGACAUCCCUGCUUUGCCAAAACCCAAGCAAGUAGCCCAGAAGCCAAAAGUUUUACUGCCAGAACACAAGAGUCCUCCUCCAACAUCAAGAUCAUUACCAAAUUCAUAUUCCCCGGCACUCAGAUCUACUUCUGGAAACAAGCCCAGUGAAGGGACUGGAACCCCUAAUUUAAGGACAUCUGGAACUUUUUGUGGAACUGUUCAGACUGUUUCAGUGGAAAAAUUCACUGGACUCAGGUUAAGGCGACCCCGAGUGUCCUCUACAGAAAUGGACAGGAAAAUGGCUGGCCGGAAACUCAUCAGACUGUCUCAGCUCAAGAGCAAGUUGGCAAGUGAGAAACUGGAAGAAAUAGAUUGGGUAACUUUCGGGGUCAUAAUGAAGAAAGUCACGCCUCAGAGUUCAAACAAUGGAAAAACCUUUAGCAUCUGGAAACUGAAUGAUCUGCGUGACCUAAACCAAAAUGUCUCAUUGUUCUUGUUUGGAGAAGUCCACAAAGAACACUGGAAGACUGAGCAAGGCACUGUCAUAGGACUGCUUAAUGCCAACCCCAUGAAGCCAAAGGAAGGUUCAGAUGAAAUAUGCUUAUCUAUUGAUCAUGCCCAGAAGAUUUUAAUUAUGGGUGAGGCUCUUGACUUGGGAACCUGCAAAGCAAAGAAAAAGAACGGAGAGUCUUGUACACAGACUGUCAAUCUGAACGACUGUGAAUACUGUCAGUACCACGUUCAAGCUCAGUAUAAAAGACUCAGUGCCAAGCGAGCAGAUUUGCAGUCUUCCUUCUCUGGAGGUCAAGUGCCAAAGAAAUUCGCCCGCAAGAGCUCCAGCUUGAAGGAAAGACUAUGUCGGGAUGGCUUUUAUUAUGGAGGCGUCUCUUCUGAGGCCUAUGCAGCCUCCGUCGCAGCCUCUGCUGCUCCUAAGAAGGCAAUUCAGACCACUCUGACCAACUUGGUUUUAAGAGGCACAGAUGCUAUUGUCCAAGAAACACGAAAGAAACUGGGACUCCCACAGAAGAAUCUGUCAUGUUCCGAGGAAUUUAAACAGUUAAUGGAUUUGCCUACAGUUGGAGCAAGAAACCUAAGAAAACAUUUGGCCAAAUCCAAAUCACCAGGGACUCUGGGAAACCCUUGUCCUCCCAUCCAGUCUAUCCCUGCAUCAGCUUUGCUGAAACAACAGAAGCAACAUAUGUUGGAAAUGAGGAAAAAAAGAACAGAAGAAAUCCAGAAGCGAUUUCUUGAAAGUACAGCUGGAGUCAAAAGUCCUGCUUCACCUCCUUCUUCAGGGAAGUCCCCCUUUCAGUCUCCAAGGCCAGGGGCAGAAUUUGUCAAGGUGAAAAGAACUCUCAGUCCACAGACCCCCAGGCUUGGAAAAGGAUUCUCAGAAGGAGAUGAUAUCCUCUUCUUUGAUGAAUCCCCCCCACCAGGACCAAAGCUGAGUGCUUUAGCAGAAACUAAAAAGUUAACAGCUAUUGCCAAGUUACGAGCCAAAGGCCAGGUCCUCACAAAAACAGAUCCAAACUGUAUUAAAAGGAAGCAAAGUGACCUUCAGAGUGUCUUGGAGAUAGCAGAGCGUGUAGAGAAAAGCACCUCAUCAUCACAAGCUGAAGAUGAACUAGAACCUGCCCAAAAGAAGCGCCGGGAGCAGCUGGCCUACCUGGAGUCGGAGGAGUUCCAGAAAGUCCUCAGAGCGAGGUCCAAGCACACGGGGGUGCUAAAGCAGGCCGAGGCAGACCUACAAGAACGUUAUUUUGAACCCCUGGUGAAAAAAGAACAAAUGGAAGAAAAAAUGAAAUCUAUCAAGGAAGUGAAAUGCCGAGUGGUAACAUGCAAAACGUGCAACUAUACCCAUUUCAAGUUGUUGGAGACAUGCACCAGUGAGAACCACGAUUACCAUUGGCAUGAUGGCAUAAAGCGGUUUUUCAAGUGUCCCUGUGGAAACAGAACCAUUUCUCUUGACAGGCUACCUCAGAAGCACUGCAGUAAUUGUGGCCUCUUCAAAUGGGAAAGGGAUGGAAUGCUAAAAGAGAAGACUGGGCCAAAAAUUGGCGGAGAGACCCUGUUGCCAAGAGGAGAAGAACAUCCUAGAUUUCUGAAUAGCCUAAAAUAGCCCUGCCUUCAAUUGUUAUCGUGCCACCUACCUCACUUCUUGUGUCUCCAGAAAAAUAACCCAUUGCUUCA